AUGGAAUGUUUCCGACAUCCAGUACAAUCAACCGUUGUUCGGACAACUCGUGUACUUUCUGCUCUUCUUAGUAUUGUUGCAAAAUCUGAAUCUCAUGAUAAAUUUAAAGUUACGCCUACAUCGAUACCAUAUUUAGCAGCAUUAGUUAGUGUUGUUGAAGAAGUUCGUACACGUUGUCCAGUUAAAAAUCGAUCUAAUAUCAUUCCAACACCGACAUCUACAAAUACGAAUAAUAUAACAUUAUCAUCAUCAUCGAAUAUGAAUCCUGUUUCACAUAUACCACAAUCAAAUUCCAGUACAUCAUUUAAUGAUAUAAUGAAUUCGACUGGUUCAACGCCACUUAAUAUUCAACAAGCAGCUUUUAAUCGACGAUUAAAACCUUGGGAUUCAUCUUAUAUGGAUAAAACAAAAAAAGUCGGUGGUAGUGUAUCAACAAUGAAUAAUUCACGUUUAUUAGGUAUUCUACCACAUGCUCGAUAUUAUCAACCAAGUGAUAUUGACAAUGUUAUACCAAGAAUUGUACCAAAACCACCUUCAACACAUAUGAAAUUACAAGAAACUAAACAAUCAAUACCAACUAUUACAGUUGCACCACAUAUUUUACCUGACACACAACAAACAUCACAAGUAAUUGGUGAAACAAAUCUUUUAUUAGAUCCAAAUGUAUUAACAGAUACAUCAACACAAGCACUAUUAUUAACAGUAUUAGCAACACUUGUACGUAAUACAUCUGAUGAAAAUGAAAUGAGAAUAUUAUAUGAAUAUUUAUCGGAAUCAAGUAUUGUAUUUUCGAAAGUCUUUCCAGUUAUACAUAAUUUAUUAGAUGCAAAAAUAAAUUCUGUUCUUUCAUUAUCACAUGAUGAAUCUAUAUUAGCAUCUGUACAAGCAGUAAUCUAUCAAAUGAUUGCUUGCUCAGCCGGUGAUGAUGCUAGUCAACAACAACAACAACUUAGCUAUUUACAAUCAUGUGGUUUUGGAGGUUUAUGGCGUUUUGCUGGACCAUUUACAGUAUCAAGACAAAAUCCUGAUAAUGUUGAAUUAUUUGUUAAUUGGUUAGAAGCUAUGGUUGAAACAUGUUUGCCAUCAUUAGAUGAACAUGAAGAUGGUUCAGGAAAUAGUGGUAUUGGAAGUGGAUCAACAGGAAAUUAUGGAACACGACAUGCAUCUUUACAACAUCAUCAUAAUUUUCGACAUCAUCAUCAUUAUUCUGCAUCAUCAGCUGCAGCUUGUCUCAAUGCUAAUCUAUCUUCAUCUAUGUCAAGUGUUUCAAUGGAUUCAAUUCGUUCACCAUCAGAUCGUGAUGCACAAUUUUUUGAUUUAAAUGAUCUUAAUCGACCUACACAAUCUCAUUCAUUAACAAGCAAUUAUGAACGAUCUCGUAUAACUCAAAAACCAAAUCUUAUUUAA